UGCCCUCUAAAUUGUAGCUCUUUACACAAUAUUCUUGCGCGAUUGUUAUUGUAAUUGGUAACAGGCACAUAAAUAAAUGAUAAUUAUUAUCAAAGCAUACACAUUUAAUCACAGAAAAAGCAUUUGGACGCACACACAAGCACUCAAGGCACGCGCACGCCGUACGGACAGACGCACCAGUGCGCUGAGAGAUACAUUAAUUUGAUGUCCAUGCAGCAUUUGGUUGCCUGUAUGUUUUCGGAUUGUCUUCCAACCUGAAUUACUAACUGCGUUUUGUCGUUGUGAAUAGCAGAUUAUUUUCAUUCACUAGCACGUGGGAAUCAAUCUGUAGCUACGAAGCUGGUGGUUUAGUGCCUCUCCAAGGCUUUGGUGAGUGCAAGGAGUCAGUAUUGCUGCAUCGGCUGGAGAUGAGAGGUGCGGAGAGAAUAUUUGUACAGACUGAAAAUCCAUAAGAAAAGCAAUAAUGGUCUUGUUUGCUUUGAGAGAAAUUAUACAGUGAAUGAGAUUAUGUUACUGUGGAAAUUUCGAGGACGGACUUUACGCUCCCUCAUAGGGGACGAGGUCGCAGGGGAUUGUUCCCCUGAAGAUUAGCAAACAGUUUCUUCUUAUCCUUAUGGAAUGCGGACACGUUACAAAAAUUCCUUCCCCAUUUAUUGAUUUUUGGACAUUUUUAGGACUAUUCAUCGAUAAACAUCAGGGAUUGUUUUUCCAUCGAAUUGACACAGAAUGGAUAUCAGCGAACGUAACAGUUUAAAACCCUGCUAUUGAAGACUGAUGACUUGACCUUUAUUUUCCUAAUUAAGGUUAGGUUUAGUCUAAUUUCAUUCCGGUCUUUGGACAGCAGAAAUAAGUAAUGAAUAGACUGUUUACUUCGAGGUAAAAUGUUUCUACUUUGACCUAUGUCAGAACAGCAGCAGCGUUAAUAGCUUAUUCACGAAUCAGCUCUGAGGACAAUCUUUGGCGAGUUGCAAAUUGGUUUAUUGUCGCUGUCCAUGGUGCUGAUGUUCCAGGAAUGGUGGAGACGCUAAGUAUCGCUGUUAUUGGAGCUCCCGGAGUCGGGAAAACUUCAAUAAUCCGUCAAUUUAUUUAUAAUGACUUCUCAGAGGUUUACACUCCCACCAGAGCCAGGUAUGUGUACAGGCCCUCUGUCAUUUUGAACGGUAACAUGUACGACUUGAAGAUUUUGGAUCUCCCGCCAAUUUCAUCAUUCCCCUCCAGCUCCAGCCAGGAGUGGCUGGACCUGCGCUGCAGAGGGGUGCGCAAUGCCAACGCUUACAUUCUUGUCUAUGACAUCUGCUGUGUGGAGAGCUUUGAGUACGUCAAGAUGAUCCGCCAGCAGAUCGUGGAGCACAGAGAAGGCAGCAGUAGUGAGGUACCCAUCCUGGUGGUUGGCAGUAAGAGGGACCUGCAGCGCCAGCGCUUCACCCCUCGCCGGGCUGUCUCUGUGCUGGUCAAGAAGACCUGGAAGUGUGGCUAUGUGGAGUGCUCUGCCAAGUUCAAUUGGCACGUGGUCCUACUCUUCAAAGAACUGCUUGGCAUUGCUGUGGCCCGCGGCAUGAAACAGAACCACGCCCCCGGGAUCCGGCUACAAGGUGCCCUGCAGAGGAAUCGCUGCACCGUCAUGUGACCCGUCGCUCACUCCGGUAUAAGGUGAAGUCGACCCGAGGCACUGAUCUUGGGUCAGGUUUGCAUUUCCCCCACGAAUGGCUAAGGUUAGCGUUAAGGAUGGCAAAGCUGAUCCUAGAAAUAAACCUAUGGGAAACUUCACCCCGGAGUACUUCCAGAGCCAUAGGAGCCUCACAGUCACACCUCGGGGAAUAAUCGAUAUAUGGAGAUGAAGACUUAAAUGUAAACGGCUGGAAAACACCCUGAGGCCUCCUGCUUUACUGAGCUUUAUGUGACUGCUGUUCUGUGGCUACAACAACCCUGUACAAAACGUACAUCUCUAUCAUCACUCCAGUUCUGUCACAAUGUUCCCAAUUAGAGAAAGGAGUAAGAGAAGAGGGUUUAUUCGAUGGAUUUAGAUAAGAAGAGCAGCUAUUCUACUUCCACCGCUUUAUAUACAGUUAUAUACACAGUUAUCAACACACCACCAGGUGGAUCUUGAGCUUCCCAGAUUGCAAGGCAACAGCUCCUCAUACUGUAGGCUGUCUGCUGGUUUGAGAAUUUGAGUGGUAAAAUGUGUUUAAAAAAAAAUACUGGUUAGUGUUUAGUCUCAUAAAUGUUAGAGGAAAGAAUGCAACUUACUUAAAAGUCUUCCUUUUUUAAAACAUGUGGUGUAGUGUCAUGUGGUAGAUACAUUCCCUGGGUGUCAUACUUGAAAUGUCAUUAUUCUAACGGAGAUAGAUGUGGAGUAGGAAAGGUCACUGGGGAGGGUAAUAACUGGUAAACACAGAUGAAUCAAGAUGGAUGACUUACUCUUGAUUCACCCCAUCCUCGUUUAGUGGUACAGCACCAGAAACUUAACCUAAGGCAACACCGUCCUCCAAAGCACCCCUUAAGGAACAAACCAUUUGAUGUCUCGCAGGAGACAUUGUUCAAGAAUUGUCCUUGUACUCCAGGUAAACAAGCAUUCACUGAUUGUGAAUGUAAGGAAAUGAUAAUACUGUCUAAUGUUUAGAGGAGGAUGUGAGGUUCCGAUGCAGCAGGAAAACACUGCAGUCGCUCUCAUGAUGGAGGUCUUUAAUCUGCUCCCUCCCUCUUCCACUGCGUGUUUUUGAUGAAUACAUUAUAUCCAUGGUGCUCUGGUGCCUGCAGGAAGCCACAGAGACUGGAUAUAGAGGGGGUAUAGCCCCUGAAGAGGCAGUGGUACAGAUUUUAAAUGAGGCAGGGAUAGUGGGAUAGGAACCCCCGGUUGUGUUUUUGGGAGAAUACGUGUGAUGACUUUGAAAUGCUUGUCUUGUUACGCACAGGUUGAUGGGCAACAUUAGCGAAGCAGAACGGCAAGGGAAGGAGAAAAGAGAGAGGAAGUGACUUGGUUAUGGGGAGCAAUAAGCCGCAGAGCACCUUGACCAUCCUGACAAGCCGUCUCGUGUCGCCAACCACAAAUGUCCUAUGCUAAACUAGAAUGCCUCACAGAAUGCAGAACAACCUCCCCGCUCUUGGAUAAACCCAGACCACAAACAAACAAAGAAGGACACACCCAGAGCACACACUGUAUUGACAUCCUACCAGUCAAGCAAACAUAAGACAUUCUGAAAACAUCAAAGCAACGUCAGAAAUUGUGCAAGAUAUUUUUUUACGUUGGAGAAUGUGGUAAAACGGUGUCCUAUAUUGCAGUCACCCCGUGACAAAGUUUGCACUGAAAUGAGUGAUGCUGUAUGUUCGUGGUUCAUUGAUUUGCAUGCUUUUGGUGCCAAGCCAGCAGGUCAGGGUUCAGUUGCACAGGUGGGAUUGUGUGCAGUCAGCUGUCAUGUGUUUCCCUGUGUGCAUUGUAUAUGGUUGUUACUGGAGACUGUGAAAAGCAGUUUUAUUUUACGGUGUGGCUGCGGAUCCGACUUUCUCAAGAGCUUCCUGAAGCUUCUGCAAAUGUGUGGAUCAGGUUCAGCGGAACGGGGAAAUAGGCAAAACACACACAGGGGCCAUGCUACAGUUAGUUAACACCAUCUCUAAUAGGUUUACAUUAUACAAUCAUUCAAAACAACACUGAGGGCAACUUAUAAACAACCCAAGAAGAUCUAAAUGCUUUUCCUCACUAAUAACAACUGACAGAGAUCUACGCAAAAAUUAUGCUGGAUCUAUGUUUCCAUGGCGCUAAAACUUGAGGAAUGAUCUUGCAUGUGAUUCAAUGUAGUGUUUUUGGCUUGCAGUAACGUUAUUAUAUAAUACAAUAUCAUUACAAUACUGUCAUCAUUAUGUAUUCUGUAUUCUGUUCUUAGUGAGCAUAGUAGAGUGUGCAUAAAGAUUAAACAUUUACCAAGCAGAAAAUGAUACACACAUGUGCAGGAGCUUGGGAUCCACAGUCACAGCCUAUUUUGUAAAGAGAAUGGUUAUGUAGCAUCUGUAUGGAAAGAGUAGAGCCAUGUUUGUUCUUGAAUUUGUAGCAUGAGUGUCCAUCUAUUUAAAUUAGACUGUUUGUGUGUGUGUGUAAGUCAUAUGUACACAUGAAGGGCUAAAUUUUUCUAACAGAAACAUCACUUGUAUUUAUUUUUUAA